GUUGUUAAAAGUGCAAUUAGAGAUUCCAUCCCCUUCUUCUAGGUUUCAACUUUUGAACGUGAAUCACAGUGCAACCCUAAUUGAAUAAUCAUGCGUCCAUCUUAUGACUUCUCUUUCAGUCGGGCUAGAUCCGGCAUGCUUACCGUCUAUGCUCGUCGUCGUCCAUGGAGAGAGCUAUUGACCCAUCCGUCUUCCUAUACCCUACCUAUUUCCGUCAGCGAUUUCGCAUCUCGGGUGAAGCGAAAUCUGAGCUACUUUCGGGUCAACUAUGCGAUGAUUGUACUGGUUGUACUCUUCUUAAGCAUUUUAUGGCAUCCAAUUUCAAUGAUUGUGUUCUUAAUCGUGUCGGUAGGUUGGUAUUUCCUCUACUUCCAUCGCGACGAACCGUUGAUGGUUUUUAAUCGUACGAUUGAUGAUAGAAUUGUUCUGGUUGUUCUCGGAGUUGUUACAGUGGUGAGCUUGGUGCUCACUCAUGUUUGGUUGAAUGUGUUGGUGUCGAUUGUCGUAGGGAUUGUGUUGAUAUUUUUGCAUGCAACUUUUAGAAUUACAGAGAAUUUGUUUCUGGAAGAAGAAGAUGCCGCUGAUGGUGGAUUGCACUCUUUUGUUGGUACCUAUGUGUGAUUUUGAAGCCUACAGAUCUGUGUGAUUUUGGAGCCUGCAGAUCUGGAAAAUAGCAAAUGCAAAGCUACUGCUUCUGUAAUCUCAUUUAUGCAUUAAUUAGGUUUCACCCAAUCAAUCAAUAAUACAUUGUUUCAUAUGAAUUCAAUUUGAUUUUGUGUAAAACAUUGUUCAAACACAA